CACGACACGGUUUCCUCAGCCACGGAUGGCGAGAGUGAUAGCCUUACACGUGUUCAUCAGCUGAUGCGCCCGCGUCCGCGCCGCACCGCCCCACGUCGUCCGACGUCGCUUCUCCAGUGAUAGGCACAGCCCCAGCCUACUCGCGUCGGCCGUCGGUUGCAUCAGUCGCAAUCCAGCUGCUGUCCGGAGUGGAGCGUCGCCGAGAUCGCGUCGCGCUGAACAUCACCAUCCUUGUUUUCCUAUGAUGAAUUAUUUUUGAUGCCAAUAUUGAAGCUGCUAUUCUUACAUAAUGAACAGAACAUAUAUAAACAUCAUGUUUUAUUGAUAUAAUUGGAUAUAACUGGAGAAGAGUGCCACAGAUAUGUUCCUAACUUUUGCUUAAUACUAAAGCUAACAGUGGAAAAGAUAAUAAUCACAAUGGCUGACAAAAGCAAGAAAUUAUCGCGUUGGUACUUUGGUGGUGUUUCUUCUGCAGCUGCUGCGUGUGUAACUCAUCCUCUAGAUUUGUUAAAGGUUCACCUCCAAACACAACAAGAAGGCAAAAUAUCAAUAACACGCUCGACAGUUGCAAUUAUUAAGAAACAAGGAAUAUUAGCUCUAUAUAAUGGACUCAGUGCUUCCCUGCUUCGCCAACUUACAUACUCUACAAUAAGAUUUGGAGCAUAUGAGGUUGGCAAGCAAACGUUCGAGUCAUCUGGACAUUCGUUACCCUUUUACCAAAAAUUACUGUUAGCUGGUGUGUCUGGUGCCACGGGCGGCGUAUUCGGCACUCCUGCCGACGUAAUUAAUGUGCGCAUGCAGAACGAUAUCAAGUUGGCACCGGAACUGAGAAGGAACUAUAAGCACGCCUUGGAUGGACUGUUGCGUGUGAUCCAGAAAGAGGGAGUACGUCGGUUGUUCAGUGGAUGUUCUACCGCGACCUUAAGAGCGGUGUUGAUGACUAUCGGUCAGUUGAGUUUUUAUGACCAGAUCAAAAUGAUGUUAUUAGAGUCUGGCUACUUUCAGGAUAAUCCUUCGACGCACGUUUUAUCCAGCAUAUCGGCUGGCGCUAUCGCGACAACACUUACACAGCCUUUGGAUGUUCUGAAGACGAGGGCGAUGAAUGCGAAGCCUGGAGAAUUUAAAAGUCUGAUGGAGAUCUUCCUAUAUACUGCCAAACUCGGGCCACUAGCUUUUUUUAAAGGCUACGUACCUGCAUUUAUUCGGUUAGCACCGCAGACCAUCCUUACCUUUGUAUUCCUGGAACAGCUCAGAACCAAUUUCGGAUUCUAUCCAAAAUCUGUGAAACCAUCAUCAUAAACUGAUAGAUGUAAUUUGUACAAAACCAGCUCCAACCGACUUAAAGAAAUGGAUCCAUUACAACAUGAUGAAAUCUUCGUACAGGGUAUGAAUCAGUAGAAGUGCCAAAGCUCGUAAAUCUGAACAAAUGAUCACAUUUGUCCAACACAAACAAAUUCUAUGAUCCAAUUCUAUGAGACGCAUACGUGUAGUUCAAAUAUUAGGGUUUAAUUAAUUAGUAGAGAUUCGUCGUAAGAGAUAUAUAUCCAGAGAUACAAAAAUAUUUUAGUAAUGCAGAUUAUAUAUCUUACAUAUGUAUGUAUGUGUGUGUGUCUAUAUUAGGUUGAUGCAAAAAUAAUUGCGGUUUUUCCGAUCGAAGUUGAAUAAGGAAAACCGCAAUUAUUUUUGCACCAAUUCAAUAUGUAUAUAUUAUAUUCCAUCUGCGAUACAUUCCUCGUAGUAUUAAUUUCGAUGUGAAUUUAUGCUGGCAUAUACAAUUGUACAAAUUUAUACAUACAUUUAGUUACGCGACCUUUUACAUGCGCACACAUAAAGUGAUUUUUUUAGUACAAAAAAAAGGAUACAUAUUUACACGUAGAAGCUGAGCUUCGUAUAUUUCUUUAUUAAGGCCUGCAGCACUUAAAGCUGUACUUUAAGCAGUUGUUCCAUCCAUGCUACAUGUACAAUAAGUGGAAUUUUGCCAAUGAACUAUACAGUACAAUUCAUGAAAGAGCUUUAGAUGGACAACUGUACAACGAAAAUAUUUUGUUAACGAUUACCGAGACAUAACGCCUACAAAAAUAUAAUGUUAUUUUAAAAACACGAACAGUUUAUUAUAACAACAAUGCGAGAUACCUCAGUCGUAACGACGUGAUUAACAAUUUUCAAGUACCUGCAUACUUGCGAGAGCGAAAAUAAAAGACCUAAUUCGAAUUUUUUAUAAUCUUGACUUAUGAUACAGUUGUCGGAUAGAGUUAUGAUACAGUUAUCUAAUCAUCAACUUUAUUCUUGUAUGAUAUAUUGUUAUAUAAGGAAAUCAGUGACUAAAGAUAUCACACAGGAAUUGUGAAAUUAUAAUAUUAAAAUAAAGAUAUAUAUAUAUAUAUAUAUAUCAAUGUGUUUAUAUCUGCAUACAUAUAUAUAUUAUACAUUUUAUUAUGAACACGGUACGUCUUAAGAAUGAAUCUAAUAUCGGAAAUUUGUUUGCAAGUACAUUUGUAUUGCUAUGUAUUCUUAAAGUCCGAUUGGUCUCUGAGGUUGAUUCGAUAAUAACAGGAAAAAGGGGAAAGUGUAAAAAGACAGGAACAAUAACAUCGAAUGUUCUGGCAGGUAAUUAUUUAUUUGCCCGAUGUUGUUGCCUACUAUGGGCAUGAUGUCAUAUCUUAGCAAUGUUCGCGCCUCAUUGGAUUUAUCGAAGCAAUUAUCGAUCGUCCGCGAUUAGAGUAGAUAGGCUACUCGCAACCCCCACCUUCCGUUCCUUAUACUCCGCGCGAAAGAUCAACUCUAUUGUCAAACAAAGUGUCGAGUCGAGGUCAAUCGAGAUAAGUUAAGAACGUUGACGAACGGUUCCAGCGAGACCGUGAAUAGGAAAUACAAUUUACAUAGAUAUGGUAAGAUUUAUAUAAAAGUUUUCUAAUUUGCGUUGAAGCGGCUAAAUUAUUAACACUGCGCAGCAUCGCUAGUGCCAACGGCCAUAUUAAAAUGACUGUUCAAAAUGAUUCAAAUUGGAUAACCGAGAGAAAGAAGAUCGCACGAGUCUACCUGAAAAUCUGAUCGUUUAAAACGAUUGCUACAGCCAUAGCAUAUACACACGCAACAUCGAUUUCGUCGACUUUAGGAUUCUUUCUGGACUUUCUGGAAACUUAUUUCUUCACAACAUGACGGAUCUCGAAAGCACUGGUCUGGCAAAUCCAAAAGUGUUUCCACUGGCGAACGAAACACUCAGUUCAAGAAUCUUUAAUACAGUACAAAAAGCUAAGACUCACAGCCAACUCAAAACGGGGGCCUAUGAGACUACGAAAACGUUAUACAGAAAAAAGCAAGCCUGGUUUAUUGUGAUAGCGGCCGAUGCCAAACGUUCUACUAUCCGCCAUUUGCUGUUUAUCUGCGAGAAGAAAAGCGUCCCUUACGUUUUUGUUAAAGGAGACAUUAGGACAAAUAUGCGGAGAACAAAACCCAGUGAUAACCUGCUCCACGUUAAUAAAUGAAGAAUCAAAACUGGCACCGCAGAUUCAAAGCAUACGUCGAGUAAUAGAAGGACUUUUAAUGUCAUCGCACCUUUGACAAUAUAGUCAAAGCAUCACACACACACAGGAAAACUUAAGCGGUGAGAUUUAAGAGAUGCCAUCAAUCACAAGUUUCAAGUUUUAAAAUGUCUGCUACGUUCUCGACUGUGAUUGAUCGCAAAGAAAAUUAAGACUUUUAAGUCUUAAAUUUUACUGCUUAGGUUUUCUUAUGUGCCUUAAAAGCAAGCCUGGUUUAUUGUGAUAGCGGCCGAUGCCAAACGUUCUACUAUCCGCCAUUUGCUGUUUAUCUGCGAGAAGAAAAGCGUCCCUUACGUUUUUGUUAAAGGAGACAUUAGGACAAAUAUGCGGAGAACAAAACCCAGUGAUAACCUGCUCCACGUUAAUAAAUGAAGAAUCAAAACUGGCACCGCAGAUUCAAAGCAUACGUCGAGUAAUAGAAGGACUUUUAAUGUCAUCGCACCUUUGACUAUAUAGUCAAAGCAUCACACACACACAGGAAAACUUAAGCGGUGAGAUUUAAGAGAUGCCAUCAAUCACAAGUUUCAAGUUUUAAAAUGUCUGCUACGUUCUCGACUGUGAUUGUCGCAAAGAAAAUUAAGACUUUUAAGUCUUAAAUUUUACUGCUUAGGUUUUCUUAUGUGCCUUAAAAGCAAGCCUGGUUUAUUGUGAUAGCGGCCGAUGCCAAACGUUCUACUAUCCGCCAUUUGCUGUUUAUCUGCGAGAAGAAAAGCGUCCCUUACGUUUUUGUUAAAGGUAAGGAGACAUUAGGACAAAUAUGCGGAGAACAAAACCCAGUGAUAACCUGCUCCACGUUAAUAAAUGAAGAAUCAAAACUGGCACCGCAGAUUCAAAGCAUACGUCGAGUAAUAGAAGGACUUUUAAUGUCAUCACACCUUUGACAAUAUAGUCAAAGCAUCACACACACACAGGAAAACUUAAGCGGUGAGAUUUAAGAGAUGCCAUCAAUCACAAGUUUCAAGUUUUAAAAUGUCUGCUACGUUCUCGACUGUGAUUGAUCGCAAAGAAAAUUAAGACUUUUAAGUCUUAAAUUUUACUGCUUAGGUUUUCUUAUGUGCCUUAAAAGCAAGCCUGGUUUAUUGUGAUAGCGGCCGAUGCCAAACGUUCUACUAUCCGCCAUUUGCUGUUUAUCUGCGAGAAGAAAAGCGUCCCUUACGUUUUUGUUAAAGGAGACAUUAGGACAAAUAUGCGGAGAACAAAACCCAGUGAUAACCUGCUCCACGUUAAUAAAUGAAGAAUCAAAACUGGCACCGCAGAUUCAAAGCAUACGUCGAGUAAUAGAAGGACUUUUAAUGUCAUCGCACCUUUGACUAUAUAGUCAAAGCAUCACACACACACAGGAAAACUUAAGCGGUGAGAUUUAAGAGAUGCCAUCAAUCACAAGUUUCAAGUUUUAAAAUGUCUGCUACGUUCUCGACUGUGAUUGUCGCAAAGAAAAUUAAGACUUUUAAGUCUUAAAUUUUACUGCUUAGGUUUUCUUAUGUGCCUUAAAAGCAAGCCUGGUUUAUUGUGAUAGCGGCCGAUGCCAAACGUUCUACUAUCCGCCAUUUGCUGUUUAUCUGCGAGAAGAAAAGCGUCCCUUACGUUUUUGUUAAAGGAGACAUUAGGACAAAUAUGCGGAGAACAAAACCCAGUGAUAACCUGCUCCACGUUAAUAAAUGAAGAAUCAAAACUGGCACCGCAGAUUCAAAGCAUACGUCGAGUAAUAGAAGGACUUUUAAUGUCAUCGCACCUUUGACAAUAUAGUCAAAGCAUCACACACACACAGGAAAACUUAAGCGGUGAGAUUUAAGAGAUGCCAUCAAUCACAAGUUUCAAGUUUUAAAAUGUCUGCUACGUUCUCGACUGUGAUUGAUCGCAAAGAAAAUUAAGACUUUUAAGUCUUAAAUUUUACUGCUUAGGUUUUCUUAUGUGCCUUAAAAGCAAGCCUGGUUUAUUGUGAUAGCGGCCGAUGCCAAACGUUCUACUAUCCGCCAUUUGCUGUUUAUCUGCGAGAAGAAAAGCGUCCCUUACGUUUUUGUUAAAGGAGACAUUAGGACAAAUAUGCGGAGAACAAAACCCAGUGAUAACCUGCUCCACGUUAAUAAAUGAAGAAUCAAAACUGGCACCGCAGAUUCAAAGUAUACGUCGAGUAAUAGAAGGACUUUUAAUGUCAUCGCACCUUUGACUAUAUAGUCAAAGCAUCACACACACACACAGGAAAACUUAAGCGGUGAGAUUUAAGAGAUGCCAUCAAUCACAAGUUUCAAGUUUUAAAAUGUCUGCUACGUUCUCGACUGUGAUUGUCGCAAAGAAAAUUAAGACUUUUAAGUCUUAAAUUUUACUGCUUAGGUUUUCUUAUGUGCCUUAAAAGCAAGCCUGGUUUAUUGUGAUAGCGGCCGAUGCCAAACGUUCUACUAUCCGCCAUUUGCUGUUUAUCUGCGAGAAGAAAAGCGUCCCUUACGUUUUUGUUAAAGGUAAGGAGACAUUAGGACAAAUAUGCGGAGAACAAAACCCAGUGAUAACCUGCUCCACGUUAAUAAAUGAAGAAUCAAAACUGGCACCGCAGAUUCAAAGCAUACGUCGAGUAAUAGAAGGACUUUUAAUGUCAUCGCACCUUUGACAAUAUAGUCAAAGCAUCACACACACACAGGAAAACUUAAGCGGUGAGAUUUAAGAGAUGCCAUCAAUCACAAGUUUCAAGUUUUAAAAUGUCUGCUACGUUCUCGACUGUGAUUGAUCGCAAAGAAAUUAAGACUUUUAAGUCUUAAAUUUUACUGCUUAGGUUUUCUUAUGUGCCUUUAAACAGGAUGUGUAUCCAGUUUUUCUAUACGUUUUUUACACAUAUCAACCCUUAUUGUAAAUAAGGCUGAAACUUAAUGUAAAAAUGUAAAUAAUAUAAAAAUAAGAAUAGAAUGGAAUCGCUUAUUAUUAUAAUACUUAUUAUAAUACAAAUUAUUUAUGUGUAGAAUAUUUGCCAGAACAAUAAACAGCUCUCUACCCUGCAGUAUAA